AUGGAGACUCCAUCAUCAGGGACGGUGACACCCGUCGACUUGGAAAGCGCUAGCUACGAAGGCAGUAUUCGGAAGCGCCUCACUGUGACAUUCCGUGAUAUCAAUGUCCGCGUUACUGCACCGGAUGCUGCGUUGGGAAGCACGCUCUGGUCUGAGGUUGAUCCCCGUCAGCUUGGCGGUCUAUUCACACGACAGCAGAAGCACAAAAGGACAAUUUUGAAAGAUGUUUCGGGUCAGGUUAAACCAGGAGAGAUGCUUCUGGUACUCGGUCGCCCAGGGUCUGGCUGUACCUCUCUUCUUCGAAUUCUUUCCAAUGACCGCGAUACUUUUGAUGAAGUCAGUGGUGAGACUCGAUUUGGAAGCAUGGACCACAAAGCGGCAAAGCAGUUCCGCCAGCAGAUCAUGUUCAACAACGAAGACGAUGUACAUUUCCCAACUUUGACUGUGAACCGGACGAUGAAGUUCGCCCUCCGCAACAAGGUUCCCAAUGAGCGACCUGAUGCAUUGGCCGAUCGCAAAGACUACGUUAUGGAGAAACGCGAUGAUAUCCUUGACUCCCUUGGUAUCGGACACACGAAGAAAACUCGUGUCGGAAACGAGUUUAUUCGCGGUGUUUCAGGUGGCGAAAGGAAACGUGUCUCGCUAGCGGAAGUGAUGGCAGGACAGAGCCCAGUUCAACUUUGGGAUAACCCUACACGCGGUCUGGACUCUAAGGCUGCGGUAGAGUUUGCACGACUGUUGCGACACGAAGCAGACGAGAACCAAAAGACCAUCAUUACCACCACCUAUCAGGCUGGAAAUGGAAUCUACGAUACCUUCGACAAGGUUCUCGUGUUGGCAGAUGGCAAAGUCACUUACUAUGGCCCUCGUCAUUUGGCUAAAGGAUACUUCGAAUCACUCGGUUUCACUUGUCCCAAGGGCGCCAAUAUAGCAGACUAUCUCACGUCCGUUACCGUCCUCACGGAGAGAAUCGUCCGUCCCGGCUGGGAGGACAAGGUGCCCAACACCCCAGAAGAAUUCGAAUCUCUUUACCACAACAGCUAUAUCUAUCGAGAGCAGAUGGAUAACAUGGAGUCCCCAGAGAAGUUGACCCACGAGACGGAGGACCUUAAAAUCGCGAUGUCCAGCGAAAAGCGCAAGCAGCAUCUUCCUCGCAAUCAGAGCGUCUAUACUGCAAACUUGUUCGAUCAGGUUCGCUCUUGCACUCUCCGUCAGUUCCAGAUUAUGUGGGGAGAUAAGUUCUCCCUCGUGGUCAAGGUCAGCUCAGCCAUAAUUCAGGCAUUGGUUUGUGGAUCUAUCUUCUAUAACCUCCCCGAAGACAGCAGCUCCAUGUUCCUGCGCCCUGGUGUGCUCUUCUUCCCGGUUCUCUAUUUCCUCCUUGAGUCCAUGUCUGAGACUACUGCGUCUUUCAUGGGUCGCCCAAUUCUCUCCCGCCAAAAGCGGUUUGGAUUUUAUCGUCCAACUGCCUUCUGCAUUGCGAACGCUAUCACAGAUACUCCGGUUGUCAUGAUCCAGGUCACUUGCUUCUCGCUCAUUUUGUACUUCAUGGCUGCUUUACAGAUGGAUGCUGGAAGAUUCUUCACUUUUUGGAUCAUUCUCAUCGUGCAAACAUUGUGCUUCAUCCAACUCUUCCGGGCAGUUGGUGCUCUAUGCACACGAUUUGGAAAUGCUUCCAAGAUCACUGGCCUGCUUUCUACAAUUUUCUUUGUCUACGGAGGCUAUCUGGUGCCCUUCCAUAAGAUGCAUGUUUGGUUCCGCUGGAUCUUCUACUUGAACCCAGGAGCUUACGCAUAUGAGGCAUUGAUGGCAAACGAGUUUGUCGGUCGGCAAUUUGUCUGCAAAGAGCCUGACUAUAUUCCUUACGGCUCUAGCUACCCAAGCACCGCCUCUCCUCAUCGAGGUUGUUCAGUGCUAGGAAGUAAUGCCGAUGGCAUCAUUGACGGCGCAACUUAUCUCCGAGAGCAGUAUAGCUAUUCGGUCCACCACAUCUGGCGCAGCUUCGGAAUCAUUGUCGGUUUCUGGCUAUUUUUCAUCUUCUUGACCUCAAUGGGCUUUGAGCUUCUAAACAGCCAGAGUGGCUCUUCCGUCUUGCUUUACAAGCGUGGAAGUGAGAAGAAGCAAGCCCAGGGCACAGAAAAGGACGCCAUGACCCAGCAAGCAGCAGAACCAACAGCUCUCUCAGGCUCAGCAAAGCAGUCCAUCUUCACUUGGCAUGAUCUUGACUACCAUGUGCCAUUCAAUGGAGAAAAGAAGCAACUUUUGAACAAGGUGUUUGGUUAUGUCAAGCCAGGUAACUUGGUUGCUUUGAUGGGAGCCUCUGGAGCUGGAAAAACAACACUUCUGGAUGUUCUGGCUCAGAGAAAGGAUUCAGGAGAGAUCUACGGUUCAAUCCUUAUCGACGGACGUCCACAGGGUAUUAGCUUCCAAAGAACCACGGGUUACUGCGAGCAGUUGGAUGUACACGAGCCCACAGCGACUGUGAAAGAAGCGCUUGUCUUUUCUGCCGUUCUUCGUCAACCGUCUUCCGUUCCAUACGAAGAGAAAAUUGCUUAUGUGGAUCACAUUAUCAACCUUCUGGAGCUCGCAGAUAUCGAAGAUGCGUUGAUUGGAGUUCCUGGUGCCGGCCUCACUAUUGAGCAGCGGAAACGUGUGACUUUGGGUGUUGAGCUUGUGGCAAAGCCCUCUCUACUUUUCUUGGAUGAGCCUACUUCGGGUCUCGAUGGCCAGAGCGCAUAUAAUAUUGUUCGGUUCUUGCGCAAGCUGGUUGAUGGAGGUCAGGCUGUUUUGUGCACCAUCCAUCAACCCUCUGCUGUCUUGUUCGACGCAUUCGACGGUCUACUGCUGCUUGCAAAAGGUGGACGGAUGACAUACUUCGGAGAGACUGGCAAGCAGUCGAGCAAGAUUCUGGAUUAUUUCACACGCAACGGCGCACCUUGCCCACCUGAUGCCAACCCAGCCGAGCAUAUUAUCGACGUUGUGCAAGGAAGUGGUACUUCAGAAAAGACUGACUGGGUCGAGGUAUGGAGUCAAUCUGAAGAGCGACGAAAGGCCCUCGAGGAACUUGAGGCUCUGAACAAAUCUGGUUUGGCGGAUCCAAACUAUGUAGAGGACACCGCGGACUUCGCUACUUCUCACUGGUUCCAGUUCAAGGUGGUUACUACACGUCUGAGUCUCAAGAUUUGGCGAUCACCGGACUAUAUGUGGAACAAGAUUAUUCUUCACAUUUUUGCAGCUCUAUUCAGUGGUUUCACCUUCUGGAAAGUCGGGGAUGGAACUUUCUCCCUCCAGUUGCGACUCUUUGCCAUUUUCAAUUUCAUCUUCGUUGCCCCCGGCUGCAUUAAUCAGAUGCAACCUUUCUUCCUGGCUAACCGUGACAUUUUUGAAACACGCGAAAAGAAGUCCAAAACCUACCAUUGGAUUGCCUUCAUCGGAGCUCAAACAGUCGCUGAGAUUCCAUAUCUCAUCAUUUGUGCCACACUCUACUUCGCUUGCUUCUAUUUCACCGCCGGCUUCCCGAUCAAAGCCAGCAUUUCCGGUCACUUCUACCUUCAGAUGAUAUUCUACGAGUUCCUCUACACCUCGAUUGGUCAGGCAAUUGCUGCAUAUGCGCCGAACGAAUACUUCGCCGCUGUCAUGAAUCCCGUCUUGAUCGGUGCUGGUUUGAUCAGUUUCUGCGGUGUCGUCGUUCCUUACAGCCAGCUGCAAGCAUUCUGGCGUUACUGGAUUUACUACCUCGAUCCUUUCACCUACCUCGUUGGUGGCCUUCUCGGUGAGGUUCUGUGGGAUGUCAAGGUCAAAUGCGAGCCAUCCGAAUUCAUCACUUUCAGCGCUCCCUCUGGGCAGACCUGUGGUGAAUACAUGGCAGACUUCCUGUCGACUCAAACUGGCUACUUGCUGGAUGGAAACUCGACAACCACUUGCUCGUUCUGUCAGUACUCUACUGGUGCUGACUACGCCAAAACAUUCAACCAGCAAAAGAAGUACUAUUCUUGGAGAGAUUCUGGUAUCACUGCCUUGUUCUGUAUCUCUUCUUAUGCUCUCGUUUUCUUGAUGAUGAAACUUCGGAGCAAGAAGACCAAGAGUGCCCGGUCGGAGUAG